GUUCUAAAAAUAGUUUUCUUUCUUUUCAGGAACGGUGCUUGGCGUCGAAGUACAUUUCGAAAAUAAGGACAGUGGAUUUUUUCUGAAGCACACAGCGAGAUGGAGCGGUUCAGGUCCUCCACCGGAACCUAUGGGGACAGCCCUACCUGGCGCCUUGUUAUCACUCGAUCGAUUUACGGUACUACAAGGGUCUGCGCCCGCGUCAGUGCGGGCGACAUACGGGCCAUUCUCCACUAAACAAACGGUUCCAGCUCGAUACGCAGUGCCCGACCCUUUAGAACCACCUAGAAGAAAUGCAUCUCUAACGGAAUUGCAAGACGCUACUGCUCACAGACUUGACGUCUCUGCGCACUUGGUGUUUCGGGAGUUACCGCGUGAUGCUCCAGUGCUACGUGUUCUGUUCCACACGGGUGGUGAGGGCGGCGCACGGCGUGCCGCAACACGUCCACGUCGUGUGUGUAUAACGCUGCACGCAAGUUAUGGAACACGAACGUUAACAGCUACAUGUGGCCCUGAAGGCGAGGAGGGUGCGUGUCUUGCUGAACUAACGGUACCAGCUGCAUGGUGGCCUGCCGAUGGAAAAGGAAAGCGACCACCAAGGACAGUGCGAUUAGCCUACAGCGCGGCAGAAGCUGGUAGUGGAGAGUCCGCCGAAGGUGCAUGUGGACGUGUCUCUGUGCAACCUGCUUGGCCCCUGGGCUCGGUUACGUUGGCUGGAGCUCGUGCUGGAUAUCGGGAAGCUCGAGCCGGUGAUGCGGCUCUUUUAUUGCCCAGGGCGCCAUUAUAUCCUCAUUCUCGACUGCAUCUACCCUUCGUAGUACGUCGCGAUACAAGCCACACAAUUUCGCAUGUGGUCAUCAGAAUGAAGGUGAAGUCUGGUCUACGCUUGGUGAGCGUGACCGCUGCCAACUCCCGCUGGGCAGUGACCGCUGAGGUGAAGCCUCGAGCUGCCACCGUCACAGCUACAAGGCUCGAACAACCGCUGCGCGACGACGACUCAUCUGACACGGAGUCUGAGGAGAGCAGUGGCGUUGGAGAGCCUGGCUGGGAAGAGAUCCUCACGUGGCUGGUAGAAGUUGGAGCUGAAGGUGAAGGCGAUGGGGAAGGAUCGGAAGGAGAGUCAGGGCGUGGAACUGCUCGCAUCAGCUGGUCGGCCAAAGUAUCCUCAGCACCCACUACAACCUCCACUACUGAAGAACCACCUCACGAACACAGAGUAAACACAAGACUGGAUAUUGAAAAGGAUGACAUACAAGCUGUCUUACCAAUCUCUAAGAACUGGGAAGUGUUAAACACGGCGGUGCUGACAGGGCGUCAAGUGUCUCAGGCAAUGAAAGUGCUGAUCGUGUCGCAAGCGGGACAGGUCGCUGACGUCACUCUGCAAAGCUCUUGCCAUUCAGAGGACGAGAGCGUGCUAAAGGUAUCAUCAUCAUGCAGUUCAGUCUACGUGGACGGUUCGGAAAUCCGUGGCUCAUCGAAUGCGUCAGUGAUUGUCAAGUACGGCACAUAUACCGGUUUAGCUCGGUUCACCGUCUGGAUGCCCGAGUACCCUCUAGAGAUUGACGUCGAUGACAACAGACUAUCACAAAUCAAAGGAUGGAAAGUCCCCGAUGACGCGAACACUAAGGACCGGACGCGUCGCUCACUGUCAGCAAGGGGUUGGGGCGGCGCCCGACCUGACAACACCAACUCUCUGUCUGAACAGCGCUCCUGCAGGCUUCGGUACCAACAAAGCAAUGUUGAGGUGUACGCACGAUUCCUAGCCAAGGACCACGAUUCAGGUCGCGUGUCCUACUUCGUGUCACGUCGCACAUGGCUGAAGGUCACUGAGCUGGUGCUGACGAGGGUGUCUGACCCUCGGAUAGCGUCGCUGCGAGGCCGAGUGCUACAAGGACGGAGUACAGGACGCACUGAAGUUCAAGUACUGUCGCCUAUUACAGGACGAGUGAUUGGUCUGCGCGAGGUCCGCGUGGGUAACGACAAGGUAUCAAUCUCACGUCUACUGGUGCGCGUCAUAUCUGGUCUGCAGCUGAAUAUCUCGCCCGACACUGCGAUCGAAAACGGAUACGUCUCCGAAACUACCGUCACCAGGCGACUCACUGCACAAUAUCAGGAAGGUCUACUGGACAUUGACUUGGAGUUCUCAGACGGCAGUCACACAGCGCUGCGCGAUGUGGCCGUGUCUGAUUACUUCCUCGUCGUGGAGAGCUUGGACCCUGAGGUGGUGGCAUUCGCGCCCAUGUACGCUUCCAGACAUCCACGUGUUAUCGCGGUUGGAGAAGGUAGCGGGGAGUUGCUCCGUGUCACCUUACUAACUCCGGAACAAUGCCGAACUGGUCCGUUACGCCGUGUGGCUCUUCCCGGCAAAGGCGACACGAAGACUCCAGCCAACAUCAAGAACAUUCCUGGAGCCAUCGCCACGGCAGCAGCCAGUGUAGACGUGGACUUCAGUGGAGGAGACGCUCCUCAAAGACCUGAUACACCACAAAAUGAUGACAUCAUGGCGAGGGGUGGAAUGAGGAGCGGCAUGGCUGAACUUGGAGAUAUUCUUAAAGGCUACCCAUCAUUCAAGGACGAAGGCAAUCACGAGCCAACCAUUGCACAGGCGCAACAAUACAACUCCAUCUAUCGGAACAACCCCGCACCACACUCUCAACACCAAACUGCACAGACUUCUGUCGUUAUUGGAAUUUACGUGGUGCUCGGUGCUUUCUGUUUUGCGAUAGUGGUGUUCGUGGUAUCAUGCGUAGUAUACGCGACGCGAGUGAAGCCAUCAGGUGGAGACCGUAUAGGCGGCGGCUCGCGAGGAGUGCCGGCCGGGGUCGCUGAAGGGGGACGGUUACAAGUCGCUGGUCUAGUUGGCACCACGCUCGGCCUGGCCAGGGAGAAACCUUCUAGGGAAUCCACUACUAACGCUCACGAUUGGGUGUGGUUGGCUUUCAAUUUUCCAGGACGUGCUACGAUCGAGAGGAAUGGGAACCGUCACCCAGCGAACAGGAAUUCAGCGCAACAGACGGAUAAUGGCAACACUGAGAUGAGGAUUACUGCCAACCCUUUGAACUAUAAUUAUGUGGACCCGGAGGACGCUAUACGAGAGAAUGGGAACGUCAUGGUGACGAGUUUUGACAACCCUAACUCGAUUGAGUUGCCGUCACAGAACGACAAGAAGGUCAUUGACUCCACCACGUACUGUAAGAAGGCAGGGCGACACGCGCGCCACCACUCCGGCGACGGACACUGGCAGCCGGACGCCAACAACCCAGACGACUACCGCCCCCCCGUCCCGCCACACAGGAACUCCUCCACUCCACAGCCGCAUGUCCCAGUACCACCUCGGAACCCCAACAAAAUUUUACCCGAAACAGUCAUGCCACCGACGCGACGAAACCACUCCCGAAAUCACCAAAAGAAACACGACCGCGAUUACGAGUCCCGACGAUCUCCAGAAAAUGGCCGCCGCUCAGACAGAAUUAUUGAUUUAAACAAACUGGACGCCCCAUAUUUAUUGAACCGAGACAUGAAGGACUACAAACGCGAUUCGAACCCGGCUCCCCUUAGAAACGACCUUGAAGACAACCCAGUGGAAAAACUGACUGACAAAGAUGACUGCGCACGACUAUUUGAAUUCGAUAACGACGCUCCACUAGUGAUGGAGAACAAGGACUACCGAGAGAUCGUCGGCCUCAACAGAGGAACCGACGACUCCCGACGAACAUUCGCCAAACCCGAAAGCCCCGACUACAUGCACGACUCUGGAAUCGGCCUACCCGAAGUACAAAUGAGGCACAAGAACAGAUCCAAAGAGUCAAAAGGAGAUUUCGUGGAGGCCGCCAAUAAGAACAAAGGCAGCAGUUCCCCGGAGGUGAAGCGCGCCACGAUAGUGGGCAACCCGAUGUACUCGCGCGCGCCGGACGCGCUCGACGCGCCGCGUGACGUCACCAGCGACGCGCUGGGGCUGGACGACCUGCACAUGGACUACGAUCAGAUCAUGCAUUAUUUCCACAACCUCAAGGUAUAA